AUCAGAUGUACUGCUCUCAGCUACAGUAGGCUGCUGCUCAUCACGCACUUUACGUCUGACAGCUCGUAUACGCAGCUGCUCAUUUUACUAAUACUGGACCUGUGGAAGAGCCCGUUGCUGCUCUCAACUCCUUUCUUUAUUUCUUGGUGGAGCAGGAUUGAAAUUCUUGGGCAGAUAACACCAUGCUUCUGAUGAGUGGUGUCAUAGUGUGCCUCGCUGUGUUUGGGGCUGUAAGACUGCUCUCCCUCCCCUGGCUCUGCAGCCUGUUGGCCGGGCUGGGGCUCUGUGUGGUCUGGUCCUGGAAGUUCAUACAUGUAGCUCUACGGACCAUCAAAAGAGACCUAAUGUGUCUGGUUGUGAUCCUGCGAGUGAGGUUUUCCAUGUACCGUAAUCUGCGAAAUAGAAGCACCAUCCCUGCCCUGUUUGCCCAGAUGGUGACCCGGCACCCAGACAAACCUGCUUUGAUCUACGAGACUACAGGAGAGGUUUGGAGUUUCAAGGAGCUGCAGGAGCGAUGCCAUGCUGUGGCUCACUGGGCGCUGGCACAGGGAUUGGCUGAGGGAGAUGUGGUGGCCUUGUACAUGGAAAGCCAGCCUUUAAUGACAGCUCUAUGGUUGGGUCUGGCUAUGAUCGGUGUAGAGACUGCACUCAUCAACCACAACCUUCGACAGCACUCACUGCUGCACUGUGUCAGCGUAUCUGGUGCUCGGGCAAUGGUGUUCGGGACAGAGAUGAGAGAAGCGGUGUCAGAGGUGAGCGGUUCUCUGCAGCCCGUUUUGGUUUUGUUCAGCAGUGGUCAGCGGGAUGAUAAAGACAAGCCAAGUCCAAGUCCAAUCCAAGUUCAGAGCCUGGACGCCCUGCUGGAGCGUUCGCCCAAACACCCACCACACUACACACUCAGGAAGGGAUUCAAUGACAGACUUUUCUACAUCUACACUUCUGGUACAACAGGAAUGCCAAAGGCAGCUGUGGUGGUGCACAGCCGGUAUUAUCGCAUCGCUGCCUUUGGUUUCCACUCCUUUGGCUUGUGUCAUGAUGACAUCAUCUACAACUGCCUUCCCCUGUAUCAUUCUGCAGGUACCAUCAUGGGUGUAGGCCAGUGUUUGCUCUUUGGUUUGACUGUUGUAGUCAGGAGGAAGUUCUCAGCCAGUCGCUUCUGGGAUGAUUGUGUGAAACACCACUGCACUGUAAUUCUAUACAUAGGUGAGAUUUGCCGUUAUCUGUUGGCCCAGCCGGUCCAUUCAUCUGAGGCACAUCACCGGGUGCGUAUUGCCAUUGGUAAUGGCCUCCGUCCUUCUGUGUGGGAAGAAUUUGUCCAGCGAUUCAGAAUAAAACGAGUUGGGGAAUUUUAUGGCGCCACCGAGUGCAAUUGCAGCCUGAUCAACAUAGACGGAAAGGUGGGGGCGUGUGGCUUCAACAGUCGGAUCUUGCCCAGCUUUUACCCCAUAAGACUGGUCAGGGUGCAGGGGGAGAACGGACAGCUGCUCAGGGAUUCACAGGGACUCUGUAUACCCUGUCUGCCUGGUGAGCCAGGUAUGUUAGUGGGACGCAUCAACCACACUGAUCUGCUCAGGAGAUUUGACGGCUACGCCGAUCAGAAUUCCACCAAUCAGAAAAUAGCUCACAAUGUCUUUAAGAUGGGAGACUCUGCUUAUGUCUCAGGGGACGUGCUGGUGAUGGAUGAAUAUGGCUACAUGUAUUUCAGGGACCGCAGCGGCGACACGUUUCGUUGGCGAGGGGAGAACGUUUCCACCACAGAGGUGGAGGGAGUCCUCAGUCGCCUGCUGCGACACAUGGAUGUAGCCGUCUAUGGAGUUUCUGCACCAGGUGUGGAGGGAAAGGCCGGUAUGGCAGCAAUAGCUCACACAGGAGGCCAGUUUGACCUUGAUGCAUUCUUGAUCGCUGUACAGAAAGCCCUGCCUUCCUACGCAUGCCCUGUCUUCCUCCGACUCAUGCCAUCUGUUGACACUACAGGUACCUUCAAAAUUCAGAAGACACGACUGCAGAAGGAAGGAUACAAGCCACAAAACUCGAGUGAAAAACUUUUUUUUCUGAACAGUCGUGCUGGGCGUUAUGAGGCUGUCACUGAUGAACUAUAUAAUGCCAUCAUGGAAGGGAGAGUGUGUCUAUGAGACAGGAGGAGGCUGAGAAGACACAGAUUGCUGAAGAGGACAGUGUUUAUAUUUCAAAGGGUAAAGAGAGAGAAAGAAAACUGUAAAUACUGAUGUGGAAAUAUGAUUGUGUCGCUGUUUUUUCUUUGCAAUUAAAUAAACUCAUUUAUUUUUUACCAAAUUUAAUACAAA